GACGAUUACCUUUGUGGUCCAUAUUAGAUGAAUUGCCAAACAGCAGUGAACAGUUUGUAUUUUGCGAUUGGUAUAUUCCUCGUUCCGCAGCGGCUCCCCCCGUUCUGUGAAAGGCAGACGCGGUCAAACACAAAGGGUGAGAAGAGAUAAGAGGACUGCCUGGUCUUCGUGAAAGCCAAAGAACAAAUAUGGAGUCUGUUUACAUUAAACAGGAGGAGGUUCUGGAAUUGGUACCUAACUGCAUUAAACAGGAGAUGCCUGGACUGGAGCCUGUCCACAUUAAAGAAGAGACUGAACCGGAGCCUGUCCACAUUAAAGAAGAGGAGACUGAACUGGUGGAGCCUGUCCACAUUAAAGAAGAGGAGACUGAACUGGAGACUGUCCACAUUGAAGAAGAAGAGACUGCACUGAAGUCUGUCCACAUUGAAGAGGAGUCUAUUGACUUGUUUAAGGAUUCAAAAAACAUAUCCCGGCCAAAGUCAUCACAUCAAUGUACUGAGUGUGGGAAGAGCUUCAGUCGGCCAGGAAGCCUAAAAACACACCAGCGAAUUCACACUGGAGAGAAGCCGUAUCACUGUACUGAGUGUGGGGAGAGCUUCAGUCGGUUAGAAAACCUAAAAAGACACCAACGAAUUCACACUGGAGAGAAGCAGUAUCACUGUACUGACUGCGGGGAGAGCUUCAGUCGGUUAGAACACCUAAAAAGACACCAGCGAAUUCACACUGGAGAGAAGCCAUAUCACUGUACAAAUUGUGGCAAGACAUUUGCUUUCUCCUGUCGAGUGAAAAAGCAUAAAUGCCAGUUUUGAAAGUGCAGACGAAGCUGAUAGAAAUCAAUAUUCCACAGUGUUACAAUGGUCCUUGUUUUCGGUCCUUCCAGUCCAGGUCUCAACCAGGUGGUAAAUGAAUGAAUCAACCGUUUUAUAAGUCAUUCAGGACCUCAUUGGAAGUGAGGAUCAAUGCUCUAUACCAGUCAAUACUGAGUGUGAUGGUCCAGUGAUCUUUUUCUUUUAAAGGAAACCUGUUUCUGUACCAACCUAUGUAAUCAUGCUUUAGUGUACAUAUGAGAAUGAGUGUGUGCCAAAGCAGCUGUCAGUCUGUUUUUAACCACUUUAACUCCAAAUGUAAAAAUGAAACCCCUUCCCAGGUACCAGAUUUUGAAAAUAAUAAUAAUAAUGUUUUCAAACCUGUAAUUGCUAUAAAAUGUUAACAUAUGAUGAAUAAAACACAAAUAAAUGACCUAAACUGUGUUUUUUGU